AUGUCACUAGAUAGUAGGGAACGUAUAGAGGUGACGGAAGCUUUCACCAUCGCCGACUUUCCGAUGCGAGAUAUAGAAUCGAUCACGGAACUAGAAACGCGCUGGCCACACCUGAGAGAUUUACAUUUCGAAGGAGCCGACUCACUCAAAGUCGAGUUGCAUAUAGAAGGUGACGUGCCAGAAGCACACUGGGUGCUGAGCCAGAGACUGGGCAGCAUGGAGGAACCCUACGCCGCUCUCGCCGUUUUCGGGUGGACAUUAUUUGGACCGCCUUAUUCGGCCAACAGUAAACCACUGUCAAUCAACUUCACCAUCACCGCUGGCGACGAUACGAUCGAGCAAAUCCUUCAACGGAUUUACGAAAAUGAGUUCAACGAAUUGAGCGAUCAGAAAGGGGGCCCCUUGGUAGAAGAUAACCAGGCACUAGCUAUAGUCGAAACGGGGACACUGUUAGCCCGACAGGUUAGAGGUGCCAUUACCAUGGAGUACGGGAUAUGGUCGAUUGCCGAACAACGAGAUAGCCCUAAAAUGGUUGCAGUACCUUAA